AUGGCUCCGCGCAGGCUGCAGGACACGACUAUGAAUAAUGGAGACGGAUAUUGGUGGAGUGUGGAGGCCCUCCACCAGAGAGCCGUGCCCGGGAGCCUGGACUCCACCACCACCACCCGCCGCUGUACGGUCAGAGCUGUUCACCUCGACAUGGACGGGUUCGGGCUGGUGUGUGACAGCCGAGGCUCCAGCCAUGCGUGGAGGAGGAGGCCUAACCUUUCCUUGAGGACGCGGCUCUGGACGGAGGACACGCUGGACGCGGAGCAGGAUCCACGCAGGGGGCACAAUCCGGACACCGUGUUCUUCAUUUGCGGUUUCAACACUAUGGAGCCAGCCUUCGGCGAGGUGAACCAGCUCGGCGGUGUCUUCGUCAACGGCAGGCCGCUCCCCAACGCCAUCCGGCUCCGGAUCGUGGAGCUGGCCCAGCUCGGGAUCCGACCCUGUGACAUCAGCCGGCAGCUGCGCGUCUCCCACGGCUGCGUCAGCAAGAUCCUGGCCCGCUACAACGAGACGGGCUCCAUCCUCCCGGGGGCCAUCGGAGGCAGCAAGCCGCGGGUCACCACCCCCACCGUGGUCAAGCACAUACGGACAUACAAGCAGAGGGACCCGGGGAUUUUUGCCUGGGAGAUCCGGGACAGGCUACUCGCCGACGGGGUGUGCGACAAGUUCAACCUGCCCUCCGUCAGCUCCAUCAGCCGGAUCCUGCGCAACAAGAUCGGGAAUCUGUCCCAGCAGAGUCAGUACGAGUCCGGCAAGCAAGGGCCUCACCCGCCGCCUCAACCCACGUUACCCUACAACCACUUAUACUCAUACCCGACUUCCAAAGUGCCCACCCCCCCCGGCAUGCCCACCCUCCCCGGACACAUGGCCAUGCACAGGAUAUGGCCCUCCUCGCACUCCGUGACAGAUAUUCUGGGGAUACGGUCGAUUACAGAGCAACAAAACGCCGAGUGGAUCGCCCACAGCGAGCAGCUAUGUCACAGCGCCCAGCACCCCUCCCUACCGCCCUCCCACCCGAGCGUCACGCUGCACGGCGUCCAGCGCCACCACGUCGGCCUGUGUGACCGGAGCCACAUGGCGGCCGGCCAGUGGCAGUGCGCCAUCUCCCCACAGCUGUGA